AUGCCCAUCUCCAACGGACACUCUGACAAGGAACGCCUGAUCGUCUUCGAUACCACUCUGAGAGACGGAGAACAGUCUCCUGGUGUCUCUCUGAACACGGAAGAAAAAAUCAAAAUCGCAAAGCAACUUUCACGUCUCGGCGUCGAUGUCAUUGAGGCUGGUUUCCCCAUCGCUUCCAUUGGCGAUUUCGAAGCUGUUCAGCGGAUCGCACGCGAAGUCGGUCCCCUUAUGGAGGGUCGUGAGCACAUUGGCGAGCCUAUGACCAUCUGCGGUUUGGCCCGUGCCACUCCUGGCGAUAUCAAGCGCUGCGCCGAAGCUAUCAAAGACGCACCCAAGCACCGCAUUCACACUUUCUUGGCCACAUCCGACAUCCAUCUUAAGCACAAACUCAAGAUCGACCGUGAAGAGUGUGUCAAGCGUGCAGUGGCCGCAGUUACGCUUGCACGUUCGUUGGUACCCCAAGUCGAAUUCUCGCCUGAAGACGCCAGCCGCUCUGACCCCGACUUCUUGUGCGAAGUCCUCGGCAAGGUCAUUGAAGCCGGCGCCACCACCCUGAACAUUCCCGACACCGUCGGCUACAACCUUCCUGAGGAAUACGGUGCGUUGAUCAAGCAUCUGGUCGAGAACACGCCCGGCGCCGACAAGGUCACUUGGUCCACUCACUGCCACAACGACUUGGGUCUUGCCACCGCUAACACCCUGAGCGGCGUCCGCAACGGCGCACGUCAAGUCGAAGUCACUAUCAACGGUAUUGGCGAACGUGCAGGCAACACAGCCAUGGAAGAAAUCAUCAUGGCUAUCCACACGCAUCCCACCGCCUUCCCGGUGUACCACAACAUCAACACCAGACUGAUUUUCCCCACUUCCGUCAUUGUUUCCGAUCUGUCUGGCAUGAUGGUGCAGCCCAACAAGGCUAUCGUCGGCCGCAAUGCCUUCUUGCACGAGUCCGGUAUCCAUCAGGACGGCGUUUUGAAGAACCGUCAAACCUACGAAAUUAUCAGCGCAGAGACCGUUGGCGUCACGGAUAUCGCUCUGGUCUUGGGCAAGCAUUCCGGCCGUAACGCUUUCCGGGAACGAUGCAAGGAGUUGGGCUUUGCUGCAAUCAACGAAGAAGAGUUCCAAAAGGCCUUUGUCGACUUCAAGGCCAUGUGCGACAAGAAGAAAAAUGUCAACGAUGAAGAUAUCCUGAGCAUUCUGAACACCAUUGAAACCGUGCCUUCCAAACACGUCGAAUUGUAA